UUUAAGCAAUUUUUGUUUUCAAAACAAAACAAGGGAGAUAUAAAAUUGUAUUACGAUUACGAUAUUACGAUGUUUGCAUCAUUAAUUAAGUUCAAAGCCAAUAUCAAACACCUGUCUACGUGUGCAAAAGUUUCUUUUGCAAUAUUUGUAUUGGCAUACUUUCAGAUAACAGAUAAAUUUUAAAAUGGAAAAAAUUAGUGAGGUGUUCCUAACAGAAUAUAUUCCUACGAUUUAUACGUUUCCUAGAACAAUACAGUAUUUACAAAAAGGAAAAGAGAAAAGUUGUGAUGUUCUUGCUGAAAGAGAUGGUGUAAUCAUUAUUGUAUAUAAUAGCACAAGGGAUGUUUUGGUGCUUGUUAAACAGUUCAGAGCUUCAGCUUAUAUUCAAAGGGUAUCUGAGGAAGACAGAAACAAGUUAGUAGACACCCAAAAAUAUCCGGCUCAAUUAGGCAUAACCUUAGAAUUCUGCGCAGGGUUAGUAGACAAGAGCAUCCCUUCUGAAGAAAUAGCCAAAGAAGAAAUUUUCGAAGAAUGUGGUUAUGAAGUUAGUAUAGAUCAACUUGAAAAAAUUGGUGUCAUAAGAAACUUAUCCGUGACAACAGGAGCAAAUUUAACAUUUUAUUAUUGUGAAGUUACUGAUGGUAUGAGACGAGGACAAGGAGGAGGUGUUGAAGGAGAGAAUCUAGAAGUUAUUGAAAUGCCUGUUGAGGAUGUCAUCAAAUAUGCCAAUAAUCCUGAUUAUGUGAAUUCUCCUAUAAAUUUUAUGUAUGGAUUGUACUGGUUUUUGUAUAAUAAGUAUAGUAUGAAAAAGAAAUGUUAAUACAGGAAAAGUUUAACGUUUUA